AUGACUCUCGCCACUAUGCCAGGGAUGGAGGCUUUGGGGCCCAGGAAAUUUCUCUUUAUUAUCCUACUCCCAGCAGGAAUUCCAUGGCUUGUGCAGGCCUUCACUCCUUACCUCUCUCUCCUCUACCUGGGUCGAGUGGUCUCUUGCUUCAUUUACAUUGCCUUGGGACCUGUCACGGCAGUCCUCGUUGCAGAGAUUAGUGAGCCAAGAAUUCGUGGUCUGUUGCUCAGUGCUGAGGAAAUCACGGUCGCCAUCGCCCAGAUGGCCAUCUAUCAUGGCUCAUCCCUCCCAUGGGACGUGGCCACGGCCGCUUGUGCGGCUCCCAUGAUCUUGGUCGCCGCCCUCACCUUCUUCGUGCCAGAGGUGCAUAAAAUGUUCAUGUGUCUUUUAGCAGUACAUCAAAUACUUGUUCACUCGGUAUGGGUAAAAUUUGAAGCCCAUCGUGACGGUCACUGGAACGACGUGGUAAGAAUUUCCAACGAAUCCGAAUCAUAUGACGUGGUAUUGGCUUCGUCCCCCUACUGGCUGAUUCGCCGAGGCCAGAAGGACGCUGCGUUGGAGUCUCUCAAGAAGUUAAGAAGUCCAAAACAAGACGUUAACCUUGAACUUCAAGAAAUUUCAGCAAACGUCCAAGGAACAUCCCAGCCUUCAAUAUGGGAUCAGAUCAAACAACUUGCCCGUCCUCAAAAUUAUCGUCCAGUUCUUCUGCUGGCGGCGGUGUUCAUCCUGAGGGAGCUCGGAGGGCAGCACGUGGUGUUCUCCUACACGGUGUACCUGUUCCAGAAGGCAGGGGUCGGCCUGGACGCCUUUGUCUGCACAAUCCUAGUGGGCGUCGUGAGGCUCGUCUUCACAGUGGUCAGCGCGGCGGUCGUGGACCGCGUCGGGCGUCGGCCUCUGCUGAUCGCCACGUCUUUCGUAUGCGGAGCGGCCGAGGUUGUCGGUGCGGUGUUCCUGCUGGUGGACGUCCCAGGGUCGUCGUGGGUCCCGCUCGCUGCGGUGCUGGUUUUCGUGUCCUCGUACGGCCUUGGAAUCGGACCCAUUCCCUGGACUCUUAUGGGCGAGCUCAUUCCCACUCCUGUGAGAAAUAUUGGAAGUUCGCUGUGCAAUUUGAAUUUCUCAUUAUUCACCUUUGUCAUCAGUUUUGUCUUCCCAUAUUUGAUGGAAAUAGGUCUUGGCUAUGCACUCCUGGUCUUCGCUUCAGCGAAUGCCAUCUUAACACUAUUGCUUUGGGCCUUCUUACCCGAAACCCGUGGAAAAUCUCUGAGUGACUUGGAAAAUGCAUUUCAAUCUUCCCCUGGGCAUUCAGAGUGA